AUGGACGACCAACCAAUGUUUAUUGAUCCUACCAAAGAACCAGUACGUUACUUGGAGCCAAAAACUGAAGUUGAUUUCGCAUCAGAAAUUGAUGUGGAGAAAAUAUCGGAAACUGAGUAUCGUGGUAAAUUACCAUUAAGAAAACCUUUAGCCAGUCGUCAUGGUGUUUAUGGUGGGGCAUUGUGUGCUCAGGCAAUCUUGGUUGCCAUGAGAUCAGUACCUUCUGAUUUCAAACCCCAUGCAAUCCAUUCAUAUUUCACAAAAGGUGUCAAUGAAGAUUCGGUGAUUGAAUGGAAAGUACAAAAAUUAUCCAAUGGUAAAACAUAUGCCAAUCGAAUUGUGCUUGGGUGUCAAGAUAAUCGGGUUGUCUUUAGUGCCAAUAUUUCAUUAACAAAUAAAAAUGUCACUAAACCAAGAGAUGAUGGAUUAGUUCCCUUUAGUUAUCAAAACAAUGCACCACCAGAGCUAUUAAAUUAUGACAUUAGUAAAUUAAAAGGAAUAGCUAAUCCAAACUUACACAUUACCCUUCGAGAAACACCCAAAUCUAAAGUAGAUGAUGUUUACCCUUAUGUGAUAAAAUUUGGUAUUCCCGAAUGUGAAACCCUUGUACCAGUACCUGAAGAAUACAAAUAUGCACUAUUUACUUGGAUAACUGACUGGAUGUUUUUAUCAAGAGCAUUUGCUGCUGGUAUAGGAAUGAGAGUUAAAGCUGAUUUUGAUGUUUCUUUGGAUCAUACCAUAUAUUUCCAUGAUGAUGAUCUUGAUGCUACCAAAUGGGUAGGAAUUAGUAUGAGGCCAACUAGAUCAGAACAUGGAAGAACUUUGAUGAUCUGUGAUUUGUAUAAUGAUAAGGGAAAACAAGUUGCUACUGUGGUCCAAGAACGGUUAUUCAUUGUUAAACCAACUGCAAAUUUAUAG